AUGUCCGAUAAAGAAGAUAUGAUGGCCGAGGCAGAUACAAUCACACAACGCAACCAGCUCGAGUCGCCACUCCUAAAGCUGCCAGGAGAAGUUCGAAAUAAGAUCUACAACUACGUCUUCUCGGUUGGCAGCGUCUACUUCGGUCGCUCACAUCAUCACUAUCGCACGAGCGAGACAGACUACCAACCGGAAGGAUGUGAGCCCACCGAUCUACUAGACGUCACAUCGACGUGCCGACAAAUCCGUUCAGACACCUCUACGCUACUGUUCAAAAACAACGUAAUCAUCAUAGACGACCAAAAGAUUUUCAAGAUAGUUGAGCAGCUAGAGCCGCACCAGCUCGAAGCGAUCAAAGUUCUAGAGAUAAUCUUCUACGACAUAAAGGGCUGUAUGCCGAACUUGACUACUUUGAGCAGAAUGUUCGCCAGGGAGUUCAAACAUUUCCUGGGACUUGAGAGGAUAAGCGUUAGGUUGAUCUGCUGGCUCCAGGAUGAUGAUGUACUCGAGCGCGAAUGCGAGGCAUUUUGCGAGGCGAUUAGGAAGAACACUCGUCGUAAGCCAAUUGAAGUCACAAAUGCGUUGAAGCAUGAAGACGACGAUGAGGGGAAAACGGACGUGGAUGAAGAAGAGACAACGUCCGACGAUGAAGCUGAGCCUGAGGACGAAGGACUGGUGGCGAUGACGAUGACUCUACAUCUAUGA